GGAAACCUCCAUUAUUCCUUUGUAUUAGAGGCUUUUCUUUUCCAAAUCUUCUCAGCACUGCACUGCUUGCGUAUCCAUCUCUCGAUUCCCCAAUUUCAUUUCAUAUCGAGUAAUAGGGCAGAGGAAUAUGUGGAAGUUGAAGAUAGCAGAAGGAGGAAAGGGGUUGAUAUCCGUGAACGAUUUCAUCGGGCGUCAACACUGGAUAUUUGAUCCAAAUGCAGGAACGCCGCAAGAACGCGCUGAGGUAGAAAGGCUACGCCAUCAAUUCACAAAAAACCGAUUUUCCAUCAAACAAAGCGCGGAUCUCUUGAUGAGAAUGCAGCUCACAAAGGAGAACCAGUGUGGUCCCAUUCCACCAGCAGUGAAAGUGAGAGACACAGAAAAUAUAACGAUGGAAGACUUGAUUACUACAAUUAGAAGGGGCAUCAGUUUCUAUUCAUCAAUUCAAGCCCAUGAUGGGCACUGGCCUGCAGAAUCAGCUGGCCCUUUGUUUUUCCUUCAACCUUUGGUAAUGGCAUUAUACAUUACAGGAUCCCUUGAUGUUGUUUUAGGACCUGAACACAAGAAGGAAAUUGUUCGAUAUUUGUACAAUCAUCAGAAUGAAGAUGGUGGUUGGGGAUUCCAUAUAGAGGGUCAUAGUUCGAUGUUUGGAUCAGCAUUGAGCUACAUUGCCUUAAGGAUACUCGGAGAAGGGUCUCAAGAUGGUGAGGAACGAGCAAUGGACAGAGCUAGAAAAUGGAUCCUUGAUCAUGGUGGUUUAGUGGCUAUUCCAUCAUGGGGAAAGUUCUGGGUCACGGUACUUGGUGUUUAUGAAUGGUCAGGCUGUAAUCCACUUCCACCAGAGUUUUGGUUGCUACCCAAAUGUAGUCCUAUUCAUCCAGGGAAAAUGUUGUGCUACUGUCGCUUGGUUUAUAUGCCUAUGUCGUAUUUAUAUGGGAAGAAGUUUGUGGGCCCCAUCACUAGCUUAAUCAGAUCCUUGAGAGAAGAAGUAUACAACGAGCCUUAUGAUCAAAUCAACUGGAAUAAGGCCCGGAACAUUGUUGCUAAGGAGGAUCUCUACUAUCCCCAUCCUAUGAUCCAAGAUAUGCUAUGGGGAUUUCUUCAUCACGUGGGAGAACGUGUUAUGAAUUGCUGGCCCUUUUCUAUGCUUAGACAGAAGGCAUUAGAAAUCGCAAUAAAUCAUGUACGUUACGAGGACGAGAAUAGUAGAUACCUUUGCAUUGGAAGUGUAGAGAAGGUGUUAUGUUUGAUUGCGCGUUGGGUUGAAGACCCCAACUCAGAGGCAUACAAACUUCAUUUAGCCCGAAUCCCUGAUUACUUUUGGCUGGCUGAAGAUGGCUUGAAGAUUCAGAGUUUUGGGUGCCAGAUGUGGGAUGCAGCAUUUGCUAUUCAAGCAAUACUUGCUUGUAAUGUGAGUGAAGAAUACGGGCCUACACUUCGGAAAGCACACUCCUUCGUGAAGGCUUCGCAGGUCCGUGAAAACCCAUCUGGUGAUUUCAAAGCAAUGUACAGACACAUAUCCAAAGGAUCGUGGACAUUCUCAAUGCAUGAUCACGGUUGGCAAGUCUCCGACUGCACGGCAGAAGGACUCAAGGCUGCACUCCUAUUGUCAGAAAUGGCUACUGAUCUAGUUGGGGAAGAAAUGGAAGCAGAGCGAUUAUAUGACGCUGUUAAUGUCAUCCUUUCUUUACAAAGCAGUAAUGGUGGUUUCCCUGCUUGGGAGCCUCAAAGAGCAUACCGUUGGUUAGAGAAAUUCAAUCCAACUGAAUUCUUUGAAGACACCCUCAUUGAGAUGGAGUAUGUGGAAUGCACUGGAUCAGCAAUGCAAGGUCUGGCUCUCUUCAGAAAGCUAUACCCAAAGCACAGAAGAAAGGAAAUAGAUCACUGUAUUUCCAAUGCAAUCCAUUACAUUGAAAACACACAAAAUCCUGAUGGCUCUUGGUACGGUUGUUGGGGUAUUUGCUAUACCUAUGGUACCUGGUUUGCUGUAGUGGGACUAACAGCCUGUGGAAAGAACUACCAUAAUAGUCCUUCCCUACGCAAAGCUUGCAAAUUUUUGUUAUCAAAGCAGCUUCCAAAUGGUGGAUGGGGAGAGAGUUACUUGUCGAGCCAAAACAAGGUUUAUACAAACUUAGAAGGCAACCGUGCAAACUUAGUUCAAACUUCAUGGGCUUUGUUGUCCCUUAUUGAUGCAGGACAGGCUGAGAUAGAUCCGACACCCAUACACCGUGGAAUAAAGUUACUAAUCAAUUCACAAAUGGAAGAUGGAGAUUUCCCACAACAGGAAAUCACAGGAGUAUUUAUGAGGAACUGUACCCUUAACUACUCAUCGUAUCGAAACAUCUUUCCGAUAUGGGCCCUGGGAGAGUAUCGUUGCCGAGUCUUGUGUGGUUAAGGUCUCCAAAUUCCUCAAACUUGUCUGCAAGUGUUUGGUUUGGUUGUACACAUCAAGUCGUUAGAUGUGAAAUUUAAUUUCUAUUUCAAUGAAUUUUAUGUAUGAAUGCAACAUAUAAAAUAAAUCGGUGUGAUUGUGAUCACUCAAUUAGUCUUUCCUCGAGAACAAUGUCUUUAACUGCAAGCAUACUGUUGCUAUAUAAAUAUACUCAAUUUCAAGUUAA